GGACUACCCCCCUCUUACUGGACUGCUUCACAUUGCUAUUUCUGCUGUUAAACCCUACUGUGUUUUUCAGCUGGACAUUGUGCCUUUUGUAAGAACGGUUAUUUGGGCUGCCCAGCAUUCAGACUGGAAGAAUGCAGGACAUAAGCUGUGACCAAAUGGUUCCUCUGUCUCAGAUGUUAAAAGAAGCCUACUCUGCUGAGCGAAGAGCGAUGGAGGGCUGCAAUGAUGCACUCCGACCUGAGGCAAGCUCACCAGACCAGUGUUAUGGCUCCAGUGCUGACACAAAUGAAGAUGGGGAAGACUUCUUCCCUGGCCUCACAGCUUUUCUAAGCCAGGAUGAAAUUGAUAAAAGCCUCAACCUUGCCAGGGAAGCAUUUGCUGAAGACAGCCUAGCAGAUUCCAAAGUAGAUGAAAAUGAUGCUCUAUUCACUAACUGUCCGUUUGCUAACUUUUCUGAAAGCACUUCAUCACCAGAGACCAAACAAAUUCACUAUGAAGACUUGAAAACUGCUCAGGAAUCAUCUCCAAUAACAGCUGCUAAUCCAGAAAAAAUUAAAAAAUAUCAGCAGCUGGUAACUGAGAAUACCCAUAAGGCUGUCCCAAAGUCUAAACAAAUGCAAAAUAAAGAUGUGCUGGUGAAUAAGAAGGACCCUGAAAGAUAUCCUGGCCCUAAAGCACCCUCAUUUAUCGAAGAACUUUCAUCUAUUUUUAGAAGUGCUUCAAAACAGGAACAGAACCUCAGUGAUGACUCAUCCUCCCCAGAUAGUGGUUACUUGUCUCCAAAAAAUCAAGAGAACAUAUCAGUGAAACAGUUUACAGCAGCCUGGAAAAAUGGAAGCCCCCAUAGUUCCGAGUCUAACCCCACAGCUGACUGGAGGAGUGGGACUGCGCACUCAAGUGACAGGUCUAGUGGGACACCUACGCCUCCUCAUUUCACCCAGAAGUUAAAGAGCCAAGAAGUGGCUGAAGGAAGUCCAGUUCGCUUGGAGUGCAGAGUCAGUGGUAAUCCAGAGCCUCUUGUAAGAUGGUUCUGUGAAGGCAAGGAGCUAAGCACAUCACCAGAUAUACAGAUCUGCAAAGAUGGAGACCUUCACACAUUAGUAAUUAGUGAAGCUUUUGAAGACGACACAGGCCGCUACACUUGCACAGCUACAAACUCCUUCGGCUCUGACAAUACUUCAGCAGAGGUUUACGUUGAAGGUGCAUCUUCCUCAGACUCUGAAGGUGAAAUCUCUAUGUUACACACAAAAUUAGGAGAUAUGCCUCAAGUACAGAAGAAAACAACAUCAGUCUCAUUGACGAUUGGCUCUCCUUCACCCAAGAAUCCAAAAGUCAACCAGCUUCGCUCAACUUUGAUCCAGCCACUUUCAACACAAAGGACUAUGAGUCCUGUUUCUUCAACAUCUGGGCAAGAUGGACUUGUUUCAGGUCCUCCUGUAUACACUAAGCCACUACAAAAUGUGACAGCAUCUGAGGGCCAAGUUGUCGUCUUAGAAUGUAGAGUUAAAGGGACCCCGCCAUUGCAAGUACAGUGGUUUAGACAGGGAGAAGAAAUCCAGGAUUCUCCAGAUUUCCGAAUUCUACAGAAAAAGCCUAGAUCUGCAGCAGAGCCAGAAGAGAUUUGUACUCUGGUGAUCUCUGAAACAUUCCCUGAAGAUGGUGGUAUAUUUACAUGCACUGCAAGCAAUCAAUAUGGAUCUGUAACUAGCACUGCUGAGCUAGUGGUUUGUCCAGUGAAGGCUGAAUCCACUCGAAAUGGUGUAAAUGCUGAAGACAGUGAGGAUUUUCAAGACUUUCCACCUCCUCCUCCUUUCACAGAAAUCAGCUCACUUGAGCUACCUCCAAAAAAAAAUAAUACAGAAAAUGUCCAUGUCAAUGAGCUGGAGAUUUGGCCAAGUGUGGCAGCCCUUCAGCUUCAGUUAACCCCUUCCAAUGAGUCUGUGAGCCAAACUAAUGGUAUUGUCAAUGGAAAUAAGUGUGAUGACCAGCCUGCUGUCUCCCCUUCUCCUCCAGAAUUGCUUUCCCCAAUGAAAGAACCACCUCCACUACUAGCUAAGCCGAAAAUGGAUCCAGAAAAACUGAAGGCACUACACGAACAAGUUCUGUUGGAGCAGCAGGCCCUUUUCUCCCUUCAGCAACAGUCCUCCCCACCAUCUCCACCACUCCCACCUCCUCCUUCCUUCCAAGAGCUGGAAAGCAGUCAGCAAAAUUCAUCUCAGAUCAGCCAGGCUAAUUCACACGGCAUCUCCAGUGGAGCCAUGCAGACCACCAGUACCUUCAACUAUGCACGUCCUAAACAGUUCAUUGCAGCCCAAAAUGCCAUGAGCCCAUCAUCUGGGUACCUUUCUCCUUCUUCUGGUUCUUCAUGUUCCAGCCUGACAUCCCCACCUACCUCACACAAACAAUUCAGCAAAGCCAGCACAUCUCCUUUUCAGCAUCAGUACUCCAGUGAAAGUGAGCAACCUACAUCUCCCUCUUCACCUUCCUUUCCUCCACCACCUCCUCCAUUCCUUAGUCCCACAAGUGCUGGAGCCUUGCCGGAUUUUCCUUUACCGCCACCACCUCCUCCACUCCCUCUGUCCUCCAGCCCACCGCUUCCUUCUGCUCAGGUUAUAACAAGUGAAGGGAGGAAUUCUCCAUUUUCAGGACUACAAUCACCAGCAGGAUUCCUCAGCUCAGUUCUGCCAUCACAGCCACCAACUCUGCCUGUCAACUCUCUGGGGCUACCUAAAGGUGGUAGCACUAUGGGAUUCCCAAAGAAAAAUGUCAGGUCUACAAGGAUAGCAUCAGACUCUGAGAUCCAGGGCACCAAAGAUGCUGUCAUACAAGAUUUGGAAAGAAAGCUUCGUUUUAAAGAAGAACGAUUCAACAAUGGCCAGCAGAGGCUAACAUACGAGGAGAAAAUGGCCCGUCGGCUCCUUGGAGCUGACAAUGCAGCCACUGUGUUUAACAUCUCAGAAACAGCAGAAGAACCCAACCUCCAGGAGUACAAAGUGUCCAGCUUUGAGCAACGCCUGAUCAGUGAGAUUGAGUACCGCUUGGAGCGAUCUUCAGUGGAGGAGUCAGAUGAUGAGGUACAGCAUGAAGAAGGAGAAUCUCCUGGUGAGAUGGUGGCUCCAUUUUUUGAUAUCAGACUGAAGCAUUACAAGGUGUUUGAGGGCAUGCCAGUCACGUUCACCUGCAAAGUCAUUGGAGAUCCCAAGCCAAAAAUCUACUGGUUUAAAGAUGGCAAGCAGAUUUCCAAAAGGAGUGAACACUACAAGAUUACCCGUGAGCCUGAUGGGACAUGCUCUCUACAUAUUACUGCUGUUUCCUUGGAUGAUGAUGGAAAUUACACCAUCAUGUCUGCCAACCCCGAGGGCAGGACCAGCUGCACUGGAAGGAUGAUGGUACAGGCUGUGAAUCAGAGAGGGCGUUCACCACGGUCACCCCCUGGACACAUCAGAAGACCAAGAUCCCGGUCCCGAGACAGUGGUGAUGAGAACGACACCAUACAGGAGCGUCACUUCCGGCCUCAUUUUCUACAAGCUCCUGGUGACAUGAUUGUUCAGGAGGGCAAGCUUUGUAGGAUGGACUGUAAGGUUAAUGGGUUGCCAACUCCUGAUCUGAUCUGGCAACUUAAUGGACACACCAUCAGUCCUGACAACUCUCACAAGAUGCUAGUUCGAGAAAAUGGAGUACACUCCCUUAUUAUUGAGCCAUGUACAGCCAGGGAUGCUGGAAUCUACACCUGCAUUGCAACCAACCGAGCUGGACAAAACUCAUUCACUCUGGAACUCAUCGUAGCAGCAAAAGAGAUGCAUAAAGCCCCGGCCUUCAUUGAAAAGCUACAAAACACAGGGGUGGCGGAAGGGUAUCCUGUGCGUCUGGAAUGCAGAGUUUCUGGGGUGCCAUUCCCACAAAUAUACUGGAAGAAGGAGAACGAAUCCCUGACUCACAACACUGAAAGAAUCAGUAUGCAUCAGGACAACCAUGGCUAUAUCUGUAUGAUAAUUCAGCCUGCAACAAAAGAAGAUGCCGGCUGGUACACAGUGUCUGCUAAAAAUGAAGCAGGAAUUAUUUCUAGUACUGCCAGACUGGAUGUCUACACUCAAUGGCAACAGCAGUCUCAGACUCCCAAGUUAAAAAAAGUGCGUCCUUCAGCUAGCCGAUAUGCAGCCCUGACUGAAAAAGGCCUGGAUGUCAAAGCAGCAUUCUUCCCUGAAUCCAGUCCAGUUCACCUGCUGACACAGCCAGGAUUGGUGGAGAGCGACGACCUGUAGGGCAAAACAGUUGGAGAAGUUGUGGCACUUGUCGCCAGCUUGCUAUAAGAUCUCUUGGAAAACUAGACAUCAACACUUUUUGUAAACCAAUGGAUCCUAAACAAGGCCUGUGAAGAAGCCUGCACUGCUUCAGCAUUCACCUUGGUAAUGAUGGAAAAGAGUCGGAACUCCAUGUUUACCCGCUGCAGACAUUAUAGCAAUAUUUUACUUGCACCAGACUUUUUAUACUUUGCUACCGGAGACAGUAGCUACAGUAUAUUAUGAAUAUUAAAGUAUAUUAAUAUUUUAAAAUAUUUUAUAACAGAUCAGUAUUUUAAACACCAAGUUUCUAUAGCUAUGGACAAGUCUUUGCUAAUCAAAAAUAUCACAUUUUUGCAUUUUUUCUUUCAUUAAAUGAUACACAUCAUGACAGGUUAGUAUAGCUGUACUUACAUAUCAACGGACUGGUACGAAACUUCAGGCCAUAACUGGCAAAACAGGUACAUUAGUGUAACUGAAAACAGAUAUUUGUUUUAGUUUCUUUUUAAAUAUAAAUUAAUGUUAUCUAGACUCUCUGGAUAAUGACUCAAAGCAUACAGUGGCCACUAGGAUCACAUGAUUUAUUUGUUUUUGUAUUUUCUUAUUGUUACUUAUUGAAAAGUAUUACAUGAACUUGCAUGAUUUAUGGGUGAAAAUUCCGGGUGGGGGGGGGGGUGUUUUUCCAUAAAAAUGAUGUGAAAUAAAAGGUAACUGGUGUAAAUUGGUUAAAAAAAGAAAAAGAUAUUUAUUUCUUCAAAAAUAUUGGUGUCAGGACUAGAAUUUCUGUACUAGCAGAAGAGACAGAUGUCGGGCAGGGCCCAUCCAAGUGUUUUCUUAAUCAGUGUCACCCUAAAAGCAGCAUACAAUAUAAGAACAAGUCCAGUCCACCAGCCAUAUUUAAAAAGUAAUCAGAAUUGGUUCAGACAGUAUAUGUCAAGUUAAGUAUAAUUCAAAGGGAAAAACAUUAAAGAAAGUUGAAAAUGGUGUCUGAGAAAGAUGAGCUGUCAGUAAACACAGAUGAGGUACUGUAUGUGGACAGUGGAUUAGUAAGUUGAUGCAAAGGCAGGGCUAGGAGGAAAUGGGCAUGGUCCACUGUAAUUACUAUAGGACUUUGUCUUUCAUUUCAGUAAACAUUAGCUGUGUGUGUGUGUGUGUGUGUGUGAGACCCUUUGGAGGCACCAAGGCAUCACCUUGGUGAACUGCUUGAAAUUGUAUAAAGUGGUACUGACUAUAGGAUAAACUCCUCAGAAGGUAGUAGAUAAGCCAUCACUCCUGGUUGCCACAAACGUUUUCAGCAUUUGGACUGUCUGUAUUCCCUCAUUAUAAAGGUAGUGCCUUGUGUAUCACAAGUAUAUUUUUCAUGGUUUAUAUGUGUGUAUUAUAUUUUGUAUUGAAAUGUGUCAAAUUUCCCAAAUGAAGACACAAGUGUAUGUUAAUACAAGCACACAAAAGGAUCAGACUUUGGGCACCACUGAGUAAAGAUUUUCUUAAGUUAAAUAUUUACAGUUCUUGCAGUUUUAAUUAUAUAACAAAAUUGUUUUGUGUCCUUGUUUAUCAUCACAUGUAUUGUCUUCCUGUUGUCAAACAUGCUCUGUAAUUAUUAUUAUGCUGCUGCUUUAUCACAUUUCUCUAACUAAGCCACUGGAUGCUUCCUGGAUUGUUGAAAACAAAGCAAAAAAAUAAACUAAGAAAAAAAAAACAA